ACAUCCCAUAACCCAUCAUGACAGAGAGCAUCGAGAAUGUCGCCGGCCAACGCCAUGACAGAACGGCUCUCAUCCUCUAUGGCUCUGAGACGGGCAACAGUCAGGAUGUUGCUGAGGAACUGGGCCGCGUCGCCGAGAGAAUCCAUUUCCAGACGGUUGUCUGUGAGAUGGACCAAGUAAAUAUUAACGCCUUAUUGGACUACACCAUUGUUCUCUUUGCCGUCUCAACCACGGGCCAAGGCGAGUUUCCGAAAAAUGCAAGACUCUUUUGGAGGAGCCUCCUGCGAAAGCGUUUGCCUCCCGGAUGUCUGGAUCACGUGAGCUUCACCACCUUCGGCCUGGGGGACAGUUCGUAUCCAAAAUUCAACUGGGCGGCACGUAAACUCCAUAAGCGCCUCGAGCAAUUAGGCGCCAAGGAAGUCUACCCUCGCGGCGAGGCUGACGAACAGCAUUCAGAGGGUAUUGAUGGGACCUUCUUGUCCUGGUCUGCCGAUCUCCGAACACACCUUCUCUCUUCUUACCCGCUGCCUGAAGGCCUAACUCCAAUUCCACCAGAUGUCCUGCUCCCCCCCAAAUACACUCUCGAGCUCUUGAGAGACCCGUCAGAUAUUCCUACAGCAGCAUCUAUCCAGCAAGCUCCUGUGACAUCACUCACCAGCCUCUCCUCGACAGCGUCUAAUGCCACGGAGCGUCCAACGUCUACACAACCACAGGAUCCUCCGCGCAACCUCAACGGAACCUCGACUUCGGACAUCUCCCCACAGCCAGAGACAGAGCCCAACAUGAAGACCAAAUGGCCUUUUCCCUUUGAGCAUGAGACGGCUAUCGGCCCGCAGUUGAAGGAGAGCGCAGAGGGUUACGAGUCCAUUCGUGAUUCGAGAUUACCACCUUCCGAUAUGCUCCCUCUCGAGAACGGCAUAGAAACGCUGCUCAUUAAAAACGAGCGGGUUACUCCAGACACUCACUGGCAAGAUGUUCGACUCCUCACGUUCCUGACGAACGAUCAGAAUUUGUACAAUCCAGGCGACACGGUGACCAUCUUCCCCAAGAACUUCCCCGAGGAUGUUCAAACCCUGAUCGAUCUCCAAGGGUGGAACGACAUCGCCGAUGUCCCACUGUCAUUCAAAGCGCGACCACCGGAUUUCUAUAAUGCCGAGAACUUCGUGUCGCUGCCGCGGGGCCUCGUCCCCCUGAAGAACUCCACCCUACGCCAGCUCUUAAUUCAUAACCUCGACUUCACCGCAAUCCCAAAGCGGAGUUUCUUCCAGAUGAUUGCUCACCACACGGAUGAUCCCAUGCACAAGGAGCGCCUGCUUGAGUUCGCCAACCCCGUCUUCACCGACGAGUUCUACGACUAUGCCACACGACCACGUCGUUCCAUCCUCGAAGUCCUCCAGGAUUUCCCCAGCGUCAAGCUACCGUGGAGCUGGGCCCUCGCGCUCUUCCCCGUCAUCCGCGGUCGAGAAUUCAGUAUCUGCAGCGGCGGAACCCAGCGGCUCUAUCACGAUGGGAAUGAACUUAUCAAGUUCCAACUCCUGAUCGCCAUUGUCAAAUACAAAACCGUCCUCAAGAAGAUCCGCCAAGGGCUCUGCUCUCGCUACAUCGCCAGUCUGCACGGAGAAACCCUUCUGAAAGUAAAGAUGUCCUCAAACGCCGCCUUCGACCGAGCUCUCAAACUGAACUCCAACUACCCCGUAAUCAUGGUCGGGCCAGGGACCGGCGUCGCGCCCUGCCGCUCCCUAAUCUGGCAACGCGCCGCCGACGCCUUCGAGGAGAACCACACGGUGCACGACGCCAUCCUCUUCUUCGGCAACCGCAACGCCAACGCCGACUACUUCUUCCGGGACGAAUGGGCGAUCCCGUCUCUGCGGCUCCAGGUCUUCACGGCCUUCUCGCGGGACCAGCGCCAGAAGAUCUACGUGCAGGACCUAAUCCGGCGCGAGGGCCCCCGCGUGCACGCCCUGCUCGCCCAGAACGCCCUGAUCAUCGUCUGCGGUAGCUCGGGCAAGAUGCCGCAGCAGGUCCGCGAGGCUUUCUUGGAUGUCAUGGAGGAGCAUGGCGGACCUUGGGAGAGUAGACAGAAAGUCGAGGAGACGUUCAACUUGAUGGAGAAGAGGGGUCAGUAUCUGCAGGAGACGUGGUAGAGUAUCUGCAGGAGACGUGGUAAGAGAGGUUCAUGAUGUGAUUGAUAUGAUGAUGGGAGGAGCGUGGAUUCUGCAUCUGCAUUGCAUCGUGGAUGGCGUUUUGGGGUGGGGGGGGAGGAGAGGGGGAAGGGGGGAAGGGGGCUGCAUUCUAUUCUAUUCUAUUCUAUCCAUGGAUUACCGUGCUUCCUUUAUGCAGCAGCGACGGCAAGCAUAGCGAGGGAAAUAGAAUAGGGAAAAUAGGAAUGAAAAUGAAAAAUUGCAUUAUAUCAC